AUAACUCAGUCCACUCAAACAACUCGCGAUACGAACACGUUUAAAAAUGGCUGAAGCCGAAGCAACAACUUAUUGGGAUGAACUAACGAAUCCCCUAAAUUUAGUGCUAAUCUUUUUCAUUGUGUACCUUAUAUACAAGAUUUUAAGGUCGCAUUUUGAGACUGUGGAACCUGUUUCGCUUCCGCCGCCUUUACCAAAGCUGAGGAAAGACAUGACUGUCGCAGAAUUAAAGAAGUACGACGGAACAAAUGAAGAUGGCCGAGUUCUGUUAGCUGUUAAUGGAGUCAUAUUUGACGUUACAAAGGGAAAGCGAUUCUACGGACCAGGUGGCGCAUAUUCGGCGUUUGCUGGCAAGGAUGCUACUCGAGGUCUAGGUACAGGACAGGUGGCUGCAUCAGAAAAAGAAUACGAUGACGUCAGCGAUCUCACCAAGGAGGAAAUGGACAGUGCAAAAGAAUGGGAGGAACAAUUCAGAGAAAAGUAUGACAUCGUUGGUAAACUUUUGAAGCCAGGUGAAACACCAACAAACUACGAUGAUGAGACUGAAGAUAAGAAGAUUCAGUAGAAACGUUCAGAAUUCUACUAUUUAUGUGAUAUGUCAAUGGGGUAUCUUAAUGUUUUAGAUUUAAGUUAGAUUUACAUAUUAAAGGUUGUUUUGUAAACA